CUUGUUUAUUCAACGAGUGACGAGGAUGGAGCGACGCGUCAGCGCUGGCAGCGCGUGCUGCUCGAACGCGCACCUUUCAAUCCCUGAUCAUUCGCGAGAGAAUGAUGUCGAUGACAAUGCGUUCAUGGCACUUUGAUUGGUCUUCGUGGAACUGUUAAUGAGCGCCAAUGUAGCGUUCUUGUUUCCCGUCCCGGCGAAGAACGCGGACGGGAACGUUUCCGUUGGCUCGCGAGGAAUUGCUUGACGAUGAAUAAACGCGAACCGCGAGUGUCGUCCCGUCGGGAAUUAUUAUAGCCGAGUCGACGAGCAAUUAGGGAUGACUCAUCAUCGCGGCGAGCAAUUUAAAUAACGUCUCUCGAUAAACAAGAUCUCAAAGAGCAUCGCCGCCGACGCGAGGUCGAACCUUCUCGUCAUUCGUAUCGAUUGUCGCUAUCGCUCAGCUGAUUACGCGACAUACACUUGCGAGGUCGUCGUGGCUGCGUUCCGAUAUUCACUGCCAGCACUGAAGAUCUAUAGUAUACGUGACACAAACUAUGUAUUCUCAGUAUUGGCGGUGAACAUCGAAAGGCAGCUCGUCUCGUAUAAGUGUUACCAUGGGCCGCCCGUUACACGCGCGUAUAGGUUAUGUUCGCGACCUGGUUCUCGGUGAGAAGGACGGAGCGAGGCGACUGUCAUAUUACGGACCUCGAUGACCAUCCGUAACGUCUUCGUGUCACGACCGUUAUCUCGAUUGUUGUUAUAUCCGUUCACUUGAUUAUAAUAGCUUAAUUUCGUAACAGUAUGUGCGAUAACAUUCGUUGCUCCUAUUGUGGCCGCGCUCGUAACGUAUCCCAAUGGGGGCAAGGUGUGAGUGUGUGUGAAAGACUCUGAGCUGAGAGUCGAGGAAGACCGAUGAGUGGCUUCGUGAUCAAUGACACGAACCGCAGUUAUCACGCAUACGGCACUAUUGAAAGGUACCAACGUCCUGAGGAGAGACGCAACAUGCUGACCCAACAAUUAAGUAACCGGAGGCUGUUGGUCGACUUCCUCGCGCUAAUGUUCGGCCUGGGUGCUUGGAUCGGCGUGAACGGCAUCUACGUACAACUGCCUCUCAUAGUGCACACUGCCCCGGAAGGAUGGAGUCUGCCCGCACAUAUGGUCAUGCUGGUGCAGAUAGCAAACUUGGGACCGAUAUUGUAUACCUUGUACAUAAGAUACUCAGCUUGGGUGUGCGACAAAUACAUCAUCUACGUGCUGCUGGCUGCUGCAUCGUGCGCCACGAUUGCUUUGAGUUUCCUAUAUGGUUAUACCUCGAACGUGUUUGGUAACAACCACUCAACCGCCCUGCUGUCACUGAUGUUCAUAACAGCCCUGGUCGGAUGCACGAGCUCUGUGCUCUUCAUGCCAUACAUGAGGAACUAUCGUGAGAUUUACCUGGUGUCUUACCUGGUCGGAGAAGGACUGAGCGGAUUCGUGCCGAGCGCGGUCGCGCUGAUUCAAGGCGUGGGCCACAAUCCGCGGUGCAUCAAUGUCACUAAAUCAGGCUCCGACCAUCUGGAGUUUAUAGUUGCUCCGUCCGACCCGCGAUUCUCAUCCCAGAUCUUCUUCGUCUUCGUCGGUACUCUCCUGUGUCUGAGCUUCCUCUCGUUCUUGGGCCUGAACGUGCUGCCUGUUGCGAUCGGCGAGAGGGUGAAGCUUCCGAGCAGUAUGGAGACCUUGCCGACCGACACGACGGCACCGCCGAGCUACAAGACUAAUUCCGGCUGGAAGAUGCCGAAGGACGUGUACUAUUACUUACUAGUUAUGAUGGCUAUGGUCUGCUUCCUCGGGAACGGCACUUUACCGAGCAUACAGUCGUACUCGUGUCUACCAUACGGCAGCGUCGCUUAUCACCUGACAGUCACGCUCGCCGCCAUAGCUGGCCCGUUGGCCAUGAGCUUGGGUUUCUUCAUCAAAACACCGGCGGUCAACCUGCUCAGUAUUUUCAUGGCGGUUGUCCUGGUGCUGUCGGGCUUCAUCUGUUACUUGGCCGCGAAGUCGCCCCAUCCUCCUUUACAAAAUUCAUGGCUGGGCGAGCUAAUGGUGGUCGUUCUGUGGAUAAUCGUGUGCGGCCUGAUAGGAUUCAUCAAGAUGGGCAUCACGACGUUGUACAGGCCCGACCCUGGGAGAGGUCUUUAUUAUACCGGCGUCGCGACGCAAAUCGGAUCCUUGAUAGGCGCGAUCACCACGUUCGUUCUGGUCAAUCACGCCAAGGUAUUCAAGUCUUACUCUCCAUGUGACAAUCUCACGGCGAAUUAACGUUUCUUGUACUUAGUCGUAGUCAUAGUCCAUUCGCACUGAUAACGUCGUUGGGAAGCACCUCAAAAACGUCAUGCUCAGCGAUAAGCUGUUCUAGCGACUAGCCGUUUGAUAAUACGCUCUAGUUCCUACUAUCAAAAUUCCUCGUGUUUAUAGCGGUAAAGUGUGUCACUUUGUACUCCUCACCUUUAUUCUUAGCAGUAUAGAAAAACAUUAGCCGUAGUCCAUCAGAUUGCUGAUUCCUUUUAGUUCGAGAAAUAGGGAACUAUUUAUCAUAUUUUUUAUUAACGUUUCAUGCCAAUCCCCCCACAGGACAAAGGAUAUAAUGAUGCACUUUUUUAUUAAUCUCUCGCAUCGUGUUACGCAGAUUCGAAACAUUAAUAUACGUGUCAAGCGUUGCUUUGAAACUUUGAAUUAUGUCUCUAGCAAUCUCGAUCGUAGAACCGCCGCGUUUUGAUCGCUCAUGUAGAAGUCGCGACACCGGUCAGAGGUAGUCAGCCGAGAAUUUCCACGAAACAAUCUCGACCUGUUGUUGCACAAAGGACGAACGAAACACUUUGUACUGUACUCUCGCGAACUUGGUCUGCCGUAAUAUAUAUGUGUGUGUGAAUAAUUAUAUGAACACACAUUCACACAGGCAACCCGCGUGAAAUCUGCCUUUCGCGGCCUCGUGGGUCGUUAGGUUAGUCUUACGUGCAGAAAUAUCAGUCUUCUCUCACGAUCGCGUAGACGUUCGACUUUACGCGGCGAGAUUUGAUCUAGCGGAUUAGGAAGCGGUCGGUAAAAGGAGCUGUACUUCUUUUCUUUUCUCAACUCGUCCAGACCAGCAAGCCGCUUUACGGCUCUCCCGACGCUGCUCUGAACGACCCCGUGCAUGGAAACUUAUCACUUGAACUUGACACACUGUAUCUGUGAUAUUUUUCGAAUACUUCAGCAUCACGAAAACGUCAGUAUUGAUGCGAGCGGUGGCUCGACCGAUGCGAUCAAAGCGCUGAUGACGAUUGUUUCGUAAUUAUCGCGCGAUCAGCCGCCGUAGCCAGAUCGUAGUUAUCAGGUCAAGUUAUUAUGAUCGAUAAUAAUACAGAUGAGGGAGAACCCGCCAAGUAAGCAGCACUUUGAGCGCGUCGGAAGUAGCGGUGCGGUCAUCCAUCUUUCCGCGAUCUCUCAUUCAGCUUACAAUGCGUAACCGCACUUGAAUCGACACCGAUGGAGCGUUCGUCGAAAAUACGCCGCUACUCGUCUGAAUGUCUCGCUUCGGAAGAUUAAAAAGCAAUCGCGUACAAUGACGAAAUCUCCGUGAAUACACGGCGAUGGCGCGACUACGUCUUCCUCUCAGCAGGUCACGCGAGCUUAACGAAUUGUCUGCUUUAGGCUUAUCGAUAACGCGCAAGCUCUCCAUCUUUACGACGGAAUGAGCCAAUUUCUUGAUGAGAGACACCAUUUUAUGAUUCCACCGUUUAUUUCCGGUGUCGCUGUUCAUUGUCGCUCCGGAUGGUUGCUUCAGCUCCGUUGACGUUUCACCUUGAUGACGCUUCCAUCGCGUUCUAUUUCGUCAGGGAGGAUUUAAGAGGCGCGCCAGCAGAGCAGAGGUAGUAACGUUGAUAUAAAGUGUCGGGGAGCGCACAGAAUGCUCCGUCACUUUUAAUCCCGAUGUAAUUAAGUUAGUUUGGCGCGUUCGACUUGAGGAAUUUUCAGGCGAAUGUUCGCAAAUUCUUAACGGAUGAACGAAAGUCUAGUGGUAUACGGUAAACGAAAGAAAAAAAUGUACUUCAAGGAGAUGAGGUGUGUGUCUUUAGAAGAAGAGUAGAAAAAUGUAGAUCACCGAGGUAUUAGCUUCAAUUAAGCUGAAAAGACAUGCGUAUAUAUAUUUUCCACCUAAUAAAUUGAGGAGAUAUAUGUAUAUCUGAAUCUAUAGAACGGAAGAAUAUAUUUUAUACAAACAGUAUCGGUGUACGUGAUGUAGCUUACAUGCUUUUCUCGUUACCAGGUCUGUAAAUAUGAAACCGGAAUUUGCCCAUAGAUGGCCCUAGCUGCCAAUGUAUUGCCAAUAGUUACCGUCAAACCGCGUCAUUGGCGCCAUUUCCAUUUGUUGACAUCUGACAAAGAUUUUCAACUCGCA